AUGUCCUCGUCAAUAUCGUACAUUCCAUUGCUGCUGCUGCUGCUGUCAAUCAUGGUUUCAACAACGAAAACAGUGGUCUCGGCAAUCCCAUUGAACCUUCCCGAGGCGGACGAAGUGGUCAAAUGUCCCAUGGUCAAAGAAAUUGAUUUCACGACGGAGAUUGAAAUUGCAGACCCCAAUGUCGCAAGGGAAUGGAACGAAGUGAGUGGGCUCGCUGUCAGUCCCACUCAAAUUGCGCCCAGUGGAGCACCGAUCAUGUGGGGCCACAAUGAUGGCCGAGACCAAGCGGAAUUUGGAACCAAUUUUGCCGCAUGGGAUCCUGUGACGGGCGAACGACUCGUCACGUUUAUUCUGCCCUACGAUGAAACCUCGGACCCACCCUUGGUCAAUCAAGACUGGGAAGACAUGACCAUUGGUUCCUGUGGCAAUACAGCCGAGGAAAUGGGAGAGACUUGCAUUUAUCUGGCGGAUUUGGGGGACAAUUACGCCAGCGAUGUCAUUAACACUUCCAUUCGUCCCGCCGACAGACCCUAUCGGAUCUACAAGAUUAAAGAACCUGUUCUAGCGGCCUAUGCGAGAACCUCGGCCAGGAGUAUUUCCUAUCCCGCCACGACUGUGACAGCACUGGAAAUUGAUUAUCUGGACGCCUCGUCACCCGCCCGCACUGGAAACUCGGAGGGCGUCUUUUUGGACCAUGCCGGAUGGGGACGAGGGGGUGCCAUUGGUGACAUUUAUAUCGUUACCAAAUCGAGAGAUUUUGGUAGACUCUACAAGGUCCCUGCGAGUGCCUGGCCCACCAAUGGACAAACGUAUGCCAAGUACUCGCCACAAGUGGUUGGAUCCAAUUACAACGAUGGUGAAUUCAGACGAUUUCUAUGGACCUCGGCCAGCAUGUCGUGGGAUGGAACCAAGAUUAUCAUGGGCACCGUCCAUCGCAACUAUGUCUUUUUGCGUUGUCCCGGCCAGACGGUUGAAGAAGCCAUUGUGGGACGAGAUGCCUGCAUGAUUUGGGAGAAUCCACCCGAAGCAGCCGACGAUAAAAAACAAUUCGAAGCAGUGGCCUGGUACCCCAAUGGCAAUACUGUGCUGAAUAUUGCCGAAUCGCUCACCAUGGUGCCACGCAUUGUCAAGGUCAAUUUUGACUACAGUUUUCCUCCAAGCUUUUGUCCAGCUGUUGGAUUUGACAGUUCGGGCACACAAGGGACGGUUUGUCAGACCUUUCCCACUUCCUACGAUGGAGAAAACUUUGUCUCGCAAGUGGUUCCAGACAGCUGGUGCGUCGAUGCAAUGAAGUUUUAUGGAAGUCCGGCGCCCUCCAUUACGGCUUCGGAAUCUCCGUCGGCGACUCCCUCUGCCGCACCCACUGCUUCUGGCAUGCCCACCAAUGUACCCACGACGCCAGAACCUACGAUCAACUUUUUCUUUGGGGAUUUGGAUCUCGAUGAUAACAAUGACAGGAUUAACGGUGAUGAAGACAGCGGUGCUGCUUCUGCUCUCCAAUCAUCAUUCACUUUUGGGAUGAUGAUGAUGGUUGCGACCAUGAUGACAAUGACGAUGCUACCAGCACUGCUGUAA